AAGAGGAGCAGCACGCCGACCGGCCGCCGUGCAGCCGCCGUGCCGACGCCGUGCCGGCGCCGAGUCCAGUCGGAACGUCCCUGUGGCAGUGGUGACCGGUGAUCUGGAUAGAGGAACAGAGGUGCGCCGUCGACACACUGCCGGAGAGGGAGCGUCGGCAGUGCGCCGACCCCGUGACCGGCGGUGACCAGAGCUGCUGUAUCAGCUGUCCUGCAGUAUGAAGUUCCUGCUGCUGUCGGCUGUACUGCUGCUGCUGGGCACAGCAUCCGCCCAGCGCGCAGCUACCCAGCAGCAGACGCCAGCCCGAGCCGUGUCAGCAUGCCGGCCGAUCCCUGGAAACAGCACAACCCCAGUUCGUGAAGAAUGUCACCAAUGUUACACUCUGGUGGAGCGGGCUGUCGAGGAGUACCGGCGGCUCCUGGCCAAGCUGGACGGCCUGCUACAGACCAUCGGCACGGACCUGUCCUCCAGCGAGGACCGCGAGUUCCAGCGCCAGAUCUCCAUCCUCCGCGUCAACAUCAAGGACCUCAACGAUGACGCCCGGCGCGCCGUGCUGCGCGGCUCGUCGCCGCUCCUGCUGCUCGGCGACCUCCAGGAGCGCAUCGAGGUGGUGAAGCGGGAGGCCGGCACACUGCUCGUCUUCAUCGACCAGUCACGGCUGGUGACCGGCCAGUGUGAUCGCACCAUCACCGAGGCCGAACAGAUCAUUGCACGGCUGGAGGCCGCGCUCAAGGGCGCCUUCGCCUACCUGAACGGCGAGGGCCAGGACGCACUGCUGCUGGCCAUCAAGCAGUCCCAGCAGUUCGGCCUGCAGAGCGCCCAGAUGUCGCAGAUCGCCCGCGAGGCGCGCCAGCUGGCCGAGCGGCACGAACAGGAGGCCAAGGCGCUCAUCUCGCGCACCGGGCUGGCCGUCUCCAACUCGACGGCCGCCUAUCAGCUGGCCUACACGCUGCUGGAACAGCAGACCAACUACAGCUCGGAGAUCGACCUGCUGACGGCCAGCCUGACCAGUACCGAGCUGCUGGUGGCGCAGACGCGCGAGCUGGCGCAGCAGGCGCAGCGAGAGGCCGCCGAGGUGUACGAGAACGCCUUCAACCUCUACACCGAGGCCAGGGCCGGCUUCGGCAGGUUCGACAUCGACGGUCUGAAGAGGAGCGCCGACUACCUCAGGGCCGAUGCGCAGCGCCUGAAAUCGGAGCUCGAAGAGCUGACCAUCCGGCACGGUCCCAUGCUGGACGGCCUGCAGAAGGACAUCAGCUCGCUGAAGAUCCUCAUCGAGCGCGGCUUCAGUCAGCAGAUGGCCGCCAACGAACUGAUGGUGGACGUGACAGCCGCUCGCGACAAGGCUCGUCAGGCGGUGGCCGCCGGGGAGCAGACACUGACUGAGGCGCAGAAGACGCUGGAGACGCUGCUGCGCUUCGACCGGCAGGUUCAGGAGUCUCGCGAGCUGGCGCAGGCCGCGCUCAGCCGCGUCAGUGACAUCCUGGCCAUGGUGGAGCUGGCAGAGAGUCAGACGCGACAGGCGGGCCUGGCGCUGCAGGGCGCCGAUCGGGACGCGGCCGUGGCGCGAGACGGAGCCGGCGAGGCCGAGGGACUGGCGGAGGAGGCGUACCAGGAGGUGGUCAGAAUCCAGACCGAGACGGCCUUCACUAGCGAGCGGGCCGCCGCGCUGCGUGCUGAGGCCAGCCGAACCAGCACCCAAAUAUCGGAGACAACAAUCAGCGUCGAGCGGUACGAGCGACAGGUGACGGUGGACUCCGCCCUGGCCCGGGAGGCUCUAGAGAAGGCCGGACUGGCGGCCGGUAACGCGCGCGACGCUCAGACGCGUGUGGAGGCCGCCCUGAAGCUGCUGCAGGAGCUUUUAGCGCAGCUGGCGAGCGCCGGAGACCUGGACCUGGCCGCCCUCGAGCAGCUGGAGAGGCGGCUGGCUGCUGCCGAGGCGCAGCUGAACGAGGCCGAGCUGCUUACCAAGAUGGAGGAGUUCAGGAGACACCGCAUCCAGCAGGACAGAAUGGUGAAGGACUACGAGAAGGAGCUCGAAUUCCUGCGCCAAGAGGUGUACAACGUUCGGGACAUUGCCGAAGCGCUGCCCACCGGCUGCUACAACCGCAUCACCCUGGAGCCCUAGAUGACGUCCCUGUCGGCAGACGCUCCUCGACCGCAGCACUCAGGAGCAUUAGACGACGUCCUGUGUCGGCAGGCACCCUCGGGCAGCGCGCAUCUCAGACCAAACGUUAGCCUCCGGUCUGUGUGGUGGUUAGUGCGUCAAGUGCGGUGAAAAAUCGUGCAGUGCUUAUUUCUCGAGCACUUUAAUGUUAUUAACGUCUUACAAUGUGCAUCAAUCGGUAAACUUUUGUACUUUCACAAGCUUCUUUUUCAGUGUUCGAUACAAGCGACAUGUCAAUUUUUACUGCAGGUUAUGUGCCAACCCUGGCAGCGAUUAUUAGAUCAGGGUUUCAGCAAUGCCUGUAUGUUACGAUUGAGAGUUUAUAGCCUCCUUUUCGAUGCACGUUUUUUUUCUCUUGUUACCAGAGCUUUUCAAGCGUGAUAUGCUAACUGAUAGUAAUAGUUGGUUGUCAAGUAACUAAUUAACGUGCAUUCGCAUUUUAUUAGGUGAUCGGCGGUAUCUCGGUUUUGUAUGAAAUUGUCAUGUCGGUGGUGUCGGUGCCGGUAAAAAACAUAAUGACGUGACUUUAUUUGCGUGCUCGUCGAAUACAUUGUCUGAAAUAAAAUAAACCAUGAA